AUGGCCGCGGGACCCCUCCUGCCGUGCCCAAUGUCCUGGCUGGAAUUCCUCAAGGCCUCGCACUUUGCGCUGGGUGCCGACCCGCGGCUGCACGUGGACGCCAAGCAGUGCACGUCGCACCGGGACUUUCCCGCCUACCGGAACGUUACCCGUGGGCCGCUCUUCCAAUAGGACGCGUGCUGGGCCGGCCAGGAGCUCCUGUCCGAGACGCACUGCGCGUAUGCGGCCGCGUCACCGCUGCUGUCAAGGGAGCGAGAGCGGGAACUGGCACGGGAGCGCACGCUCGCCGUGCAGGCCAGCAACCUGCACGCGCACGCGGACUCCCGCGCCCGCACCGGCCUCUCCACCGCGCGCGCCCACUUCGGCUGGCCGGCGCUUCCGGAGCGCGCCAGCGAGCAGAUCCGCGGCGCGCGCCUCAUCUUCGACCGCGACUCGGUGCCAUCCCGCGACCGAGCCAAGCUGCCCAUCCCGCCCACCGCGCACCAGGAGUUCUCCCCGCUCCACGACAUUUGCCCGAAGCUCCGCGAGCCCUCCUGCCACUCCGGUGAGCGCGCGCCCGGGCAAUUUACCCAACACAAUGUUUCUCAUGGCGAGCAGGGAUUCUCACCUCCUCCAGGCCCACCUGCCUUGACGUGUAAGAGGGCCUCCUCCGGCAAAGAACUGGGAGACUUCAAGAUCGGCUAUGGGCCCAAGUGUGCAGAGCGGAAACAAGCCUACAGGCCCCAGGUUCUGCCUCCAGACACGUAUGACAAGGCCCAGGCCUCAGCCCACAUCCACUGUGUGAAUAUUCGACCUGGAGAUGGCCUCUUCCACUGACAGGACCACCAAGGGUGAAAAUUCUAUGGCCGGGAGCCAGAGCCUUUUGUUCUUCACCACGACCAGACUCCGGAGUCGCACAUCCUGGAAGGAAAUGGGUGUCCUGGUCCGGGCAGCCUCACCACCUCCACACAGUUCUUCCACGGCCAGCCGCUGCCCGCGACCAAGCCGCCCAGCCGCCACGUGCCUCAUGAGAAAUUGCAGAGUCACAUAACCCUAGGGGAGCCGUCGCUGCUCGGACAGUUCUUCCAGACCUCCAUGGGCACAGACUAUUUACCCGCUGGGAUGCAGAAGCCGCCGAAAGCGCUCAACCUCCACUUGCUGCAGAGCAACCUGCCCCAGGGCACAGGCGAAACAGAUUUUUUAACCAUGAACCAGAAGGUGCUGAAGCCACACAGAAUAGCUCCAGCCUCCAUGACUGAGGAGAUGCUACAGAGGUGCAAGUAUAGCCACUUGGAGCCCCUGCUGGGUAGACAGCGCUUCUUCUCAACCCUAAACAAGGAUGAGUUUGCUUUCAAGUACCAGGGCCCAGCAGUGCUGAGAUGGGACGACCUCUAGGAGAGUCAUGUGCCCCUGGGCUCCCCUCACAAGUGGGGCUGUGGGGCUGGGAAGGUGGACCCUCGGGCCCCCCAGACCCCUACCUACCCAUGCCCGUAG